AUAUAUCUCUUCUUUCUUCUUUCUUCUUUAUUCAAUCAAAUAACAAAUACACAUUUCAAAAUGCCUUCCAAGAAAGUUGCUCCAGCUCCGUUAGCUACUAGAUCUAAAGCUUCCACCACUGAAUCUAAUCCUUUAACUGAUUCUACUCCAAAGAAUUUUGGUAUUGGACAAUCAGUUCAACCAAAGAGAAAUUUAUCAAGAUUUGUUAAAUGGCCAGAAUAUGUUAGAUUACAAAGACAAAAGAAAAUCUUAUCAUUAAGAUUAAAAGUUCCUCCUGCUAUUUCUCAAUUUCAACAAACUUUAGAUAAAAAUACUGCUUCUCAAGCUUUUAAAUUAUUUAAUCAAUAUAGACCAGAAACUAGUUCAGAAAAGAAGGAAAGAUUAGUGAAGGAAGCUGCUGGUAUUGCUGAAGGUAAAUCUGCUAAGGAUAUUUCACCAAAACCAUUAGUGGUUAAAUACGGUUUAAACCAUGUUGUUUCCUUAAUUGAAAACAAAAAGGUUAAAUUAGUUUUAAUUGCUAAUGAUGUUGACCCAAUUGAAUUAGUUGUCUUUUUACCUGCUUUAUGUAAAAAAUUAGGUGUUCCAUAUGCCAUUGUUAAAGGUAAAGCUAGAUUAGGUACUUUAGUUCAUCAAAAAACUGCUGCUGUGGUUGCUUUAACUGAAGUUGAAGCUGCUGAUGAAGCUGAAUUAGCUAAAUUAGUUUCAACUAUUGAUGCUAACUUUAUUGAAAAGUAUGAAGAUAACAGAAGACAUUGGGGGUGGUGGUAUUCUUGGUGCUAAAUCAACUGCUAAAGCUAUUAAAAGAGCUAAAAUUGCUGCUACACCAACCAAUUAGGGUUGCUUUUUAGCUUUUGGAAACCUUAAUUUACAUUCAUCGUAGAAUUUCUUUUGUAUAUUACUUUAUAACCAUUAAUAAAAUCAAACGUCUUCGUAUAAAUUGAAUU